AUGACACGCAGGCAGGGAACCGAGAGCUUCACCAAUGGAUGUAACAGUUCUUCGCACUGGAGGAGUGAACCCAUUGCAGGAGAGGUGUUGCCAAAAUGGCGUUAUUGGUGUUUGUACAUGCAGCGGCUUGGAGAAGUGACUGUGCCUCGCUGUUUCUUCAAAGGGAUGAACAGCUAUGCCCUCGAAGACGUCGAGGCCCAUUUAUUUGUGGAUGCCAGUGAGGCGGCUUGUUCUGCGGUUUUGUAUUUACGAUGCGUUCAGAACGGUGUUACCAAAUGUGCUACAAUAGCGAGCAAAACAAAAGUCGCUCCGCUAAAACCGAUCUCUGUACCCCGCUUGGAACUGCAAGCGGCUAUGAUAGGAACGAGGAUGAUGGACUCUGUGUGGCGGUCUUUGGAUAUCCAUGUUAGCAGGCGAUAUCUCUGGUCUGACUCCUCCACCAUGCUUUGUUGGUUGCGAUCCGAUAGCCGCUGGUAUCAUCAGUUUGUGGCUGUCCGAGUAGGGGAGAUCCUCACGUUAACCAGUGCGGAUGAGUGGCACUAUAUGCCAUCGAAAAUAAAUAUCGCCGACGAAGCCACGAAAUGGAAAGAAAGCCCUAUUUGCGACCCGAACGAUUCAUGGUUCACCGCACCGGAAUUUCUGCGCAAGUCCCGGGAUGAAUGGCCUGCGCAAAAUGGAUCAGAAAGUGAAACAGAACUACGCUCUGUAUUCCUAUACCAUGGAACAGUGCCUCAACCGUUAUUGGACUUUAACCGGUUCUCCAACUGGCUCCGCCUAGUGAGGACAGCGACUUAUAUGCUGCGAGCAGUGCGCAGAUUCAGGGGCGAAAAGUUCCUCCGCCCUAAAGUCUUAACCAAAGAAGAACUUUUUGAGGCAGAGAACAUGAUAUGGCGUCAGGUACAGAACGAAGCGUACCCGGACGAGUACGCACGUAAUUUAACACAGCUCUCAAAUCCAGUUUCAAUCCCGAAGUCGAGUCCGCUGUAUCGGCUUUCAGCAUUUGUAGACGAAUUUUGCGUGGUUCGAAUGAAUAGUAGGCUGAGUGCAGAGCAAACCUUAUCGUAUGGAUUGAGGCAUCCGAUUCUAUUUCCCAGACUGCAUCCGGCGGUUCACCUUCUGGCGGAAUAUUACCAUCGACGAUAUUUGCACGGUAACGCAGAAACGAUUUGUAACGAGAUGCGCCAAAAUUUCUUCAUACCAGGGUUGCGAAUCCUUAUCCGUCAAGUGUCAAAGCAGUGUUUAACUUGCCGUAUCAAGAAGUCGGUUCCCCAGCCUCCUAUGAUGGCUCCUUUACCCCAAGCUCUAACUCAAACAAGGCCCUUCAGUCACACGGGAGUGGACUACUUCGGACCGAUAAUGGUUAAGCAAGGGCGAAGCUUGGUGAAAAGGUGGGUGGCUCUGUUCACAUGCCUCACAGUGCUUGCCGUCCACCUGGAGAUAGUGCAUAGUCUAUCCACUCAAUCGUGCAUAAUGGCCAUAAGACGCUUCGUGGCUCGCCUAGGUGCUCCAGAAGCGUUCUAUAGCGACAAUGACACAAACUUCAUAGGUGCAAGUAAUCUUCUGGUAAUGCAAAUCCAGAACAUUCAGGAAGACUGCGCGAUAACAUUUACCAACUCAAACACCAGUUGGAAUUUCAAUCCACCAGCGGCGUCCCAUAUGGGCGGUUCGUGGGAACGAAUGGCGCGUUCCAUUAAAACGGUUAUGCAGGCUAUUUCAGACCAUCCCCAUCAUCCGAGCGACGAAAUUCUGGAAACGAUGGCCUUGGAAGCAGAAUCGAUAGUCAACUCUAGGCCGCUUACGCAUAUACCAUUGGAUUCAUCGAAAAGGAGUCCCUCACGCCAAACCACUUCUUACUCUUUGGAAAUAUUUACCGGGACAGCUGACGGCGUACAAUGCUUAGUCAACCUCUUCUGGUCCCGCUGGGUUCGUGAAUACUUGUCAAUCAUAACCAGGCGUACCAAGUGGUUGGAGCCAGUCAAGCCAUUGGAGCCAGGAGACAUUGUGCUGAUCGUUGACGAGGGGAAGCGAAAUGGCUGGAUACGAGGACGUGUAGCUGAAUUUACUAAAGCAGCCGAUGGACAAGUUCAGCGUGCAGUCGUACGGACGAAGAAUGGAUUGGUAGUGCGACCUGCGGUGAAACUGGCUCUCCUAGACCUUCGGACAUCCAGACGGUCCGGAACUACACGGGAGGGGGAACCACUGAACACAACGGAGUGUGUUCGGUACCGCCCAUAG